UUUCCAUAUCCCAACAUGAACAUUCGACUUGGCCCAAACGAUUGCUUCGAAUAUGUCCCCAGAUAUGGCGUUCUCAUCUGCCGAGAAUGUCGAUAUGCAAUCCAGAAAUCCGCCUUACAAAGCCACUUGCUCCGUCACAAGAUAUACCGCGAAGAGAGGCAGCAGCUUCUAGUCUCCAUCGAGCAAUUUUCGAUUGGAGAGCCUGAUGAUGUUCCGGUUCCUCAUCCGACAUCUCCUCCUAUCGAUGGACUGGACGUCAUUCCAGGCUUCAGCUGUAUCAAGGCAGGAUGUGGACAUCUCUGUGCCUCAGUAAAACGUAUGAGGCUUCAUCAUAGCGAGGUGCACGACCUUGUAAAUUCCUCUUCAGCCGAUGCUUCACGGCCGGUCAAACUGCAGACUUUUUUCCGGGGCACCAAGAUACGAUACUUUGUGGUGACUCCGGGAGGUGAAAUUGAAACAGGCCAGGUAGAACCGUAUUCAAACAGCAGCGGCGAGAACGACAUAUCGGAUAAAUCACUUGAUAGGAUCGGUGAUGUUAUAAUGAACGAACACGCAGCUCAUCCCACCUCCACAGGACAAAAGCCUCGACAGCUUGACGCCAACAAGGCUUUUCAGUCUGUCAAAAUCGAUUUGGAAACACUGAAUUAUUUCCACCACUUCACCACAGUCACAUACCAAACACUCCCUCUGUCACGAAAUAGAAAUCCCCCAUAUAGUACCCAGACAUGUCAACAUGAUUUUAUGUCAUUGAUUCUUGGGUCUCAGCAAGAAUGGUUAAUGUGCGGCAUACUGGCCAUAGCGGCUCACCACCUGGCCGCAACAACGCAAAAUACCGAACAAAAACUCCUCCACAGCAACAAAGCCAAACAAUACCACCUCACAUUCACAAACAGCGAAAAAGAGAUAGAUGCUCUACCAGAGCCUAUCAAAACCGCAGCCCUCCAGGUCGAAAACACACUGCUACUACUAUCCUCGACUGUCCCAGAACUCGACUCCUGGAACAUACACACAUUCCUCGCUGCAAUCCGCUCUCUCGCCAAUGGCGGGAAAACCCCAGCCCAGCCGGGCCAUCUAUUCCCCAACCACAUGGUCAACCAAGAAGCACCCUUCGACCACGCAAGAACCAUCGCAGCAACACGACCGUCAAACGACCUAACCGUCAUCCUCGACCGUCUCGAAACGCUACCAACUUGCUGGUCGUUGGCCUUUGGUCCACCCCACGUUGCGCACGAUGUGAUUGUUACUUUCACCGCAAUGGCGUUUCUGGUGCAGUGUUGUGCCAUGGGGUUUGAGACGGACGACGCGGCGAGGGUGUUUGAGGCGAUGGCGCUGUGGGUGGUUGAAAUGCCGCUGCAUUUGAGGAAGAUGGUGGAGGAGGAAGCGCCGGCGGCGACGGCGCUUGUUGCGCAUUGGGCCGUGUUUAUGGUGGGUAGAGCUGAGGAGUGUGGAUGUUGGUUCUUGCAAGGGGGCGGGAAGAAGUUUUUGAGAGAGGUGGAUCGUCUUCUACGUCCACAUGGGAACCUGGUAACGAGCCUGAUUACUGGUCUAGACGAUCAAUGA